CCUAUACACAAUCACUUAAAAUCACUCUGAUCACCAGCUACUUAUUUCAUGAUCUUGUUCUAAACAUCAGAAAUUCAUCAUCAUAUUCUAAAUGCAAUGUAAUGAAUUGCAUCACACUCCCAUGAAAAUCCUUUCCUUCACAUUCUAAAAACGCUUUAUAUUAUUCUUCUCUUUUUUUAGUUACCAUCACCCCUUUGCAAUCAUUUCUUUGCCAUAUCUCACAGUAUUACUGUCAAAUUUACCUCAGCCCUGCAUCCGCAGCUCUAUCUAGGGAUCGGAGACCACAGUGUUCGUGAGCGAUUUCGUCUCUGCAGGCCAAUCAUGAUGGUAGGAAGCAGAGUUUUCCAAAGAAGAUUAAUGUGCAGCUUUCAUCUGCUGUUUUGUCUAUCUAGCAUUCUUGCUCAUUGUUUCUUCACACAAUGUGGUGCAUCUAGGGAACUUUCUUCUAUGGCUAUCUCGCCACCGCCUCCACCGAAUACUCGAAAAUCAGAUGCAAAACUAAAUGGCCUAAUGAAACUUCUUCUUGACAUGGUGAAGCCAUUGGAUGAUAAUCCUCAGCAGCCAACAUCAAGUGGUACUAAUUCUCAGCCUUAUGGAGUGGGUUCUCCUUUCACUUUGCCACCUUAUGAUUCCCUGGCUCCUAUUCCCCUGCCUCAAAAUACCCCUCCAUUUUGCAUUUAUCCUUCCCCACCACCAGGCCCAACAAACCCAAUCCCCAGCCCACCAGUUUCUUACUCCCCAUCAUUUCCCUUCCCUAAUCCAAAUCCUAGCCCAACCACACCUCCGUAUAUCGGAACUCCCAUGCCGCCUGCAGUUGUCGUUCCAAGCCCACCAGAGUCCAUCCCGAGCCCAUCUACCUAUAUCCCAAGUCCAUCAAUACCAGUGUUUAACCCACCAACACCGGUAUUCAACCCACCAAGCCCAUCAUCAGGUGGAGGCAGUGGCGGCGGCGGUGGCGGCGGCGGUGGAUUUGUCCCGACGCCGGUGUUCUUGCCACCCAUUGUGUACCCACCACCGGCAGUUCCUCCACCACCAUACAGGGCUCCGUCACAAGCAAUGUGGUGUGUGGCGAAGCCCGCAGUUCCUGGCCCAAUCAUCCAAGAGGCACUAAACUAUGCUUGCGCUUCCGGAGCAGAAUGCAGCGAGUUACAGCCUGGUGGGCCAUGUUACGAGCCCAAUACAUUGAUAGCCCAUGCUUCAUUCGCAUUCAAUAGCUAUUGGCAAAGGACCAAAGUGGCUGGAGGCACUUGUGGUUUUGGAGGGAUUGCAAUACUUGUCACUGUGGAUCCAAGUCAUGAUGGGUGUCAUUUUAUGUACGCUUGAGAAAUCACUUUCUUGGUUUGUGUUUUCGAUCAAAACUGAAGUGGGAAAGGAAAAGGAGAAAGAAAGGUGUGUACACUGUAUAGCAAAGGAAACAAACAAAUGAAAGGGAUCAACCCAAGUGACGAUCAAAGAAUAGCAGCAAUAAAGGAAGCAUAACAUACUUUUUUGAAUGGAAAGAAUUUUUGUAAUCAUUGAUGUACAUUAUACCAUCAACAUCAUAAACUCAUUUAUUUUUUUUAUUUUUUUAUUUUUGGGUAGCAACAUCAUAAACUCAUUUGAUUCAUACACAAAGCAUAUAGACAGUUAAUUAAAUUGUAAGUGGUUUUCUUAGGACCAUUCAUUUUCUAUUAUAUUCGUAAUAAUUCUUGCUAAGAAGAAUGCCCAUGUUGUGGUUCAUUCUGCUUUCUGUUUUACUUUCAUUGGAG